CUUAAUUUUCUUAGUGUUUCUACUUUCUCACAUGCCUUGCCCAAGAAAACUCAACACAAAUAUAUUGGGUGUUGACCACACGUACACAAAAAAAUCUUUGUGGGGGUAGCCACUUAAUUUAUCAUCAUCUUCCCUUUUAGAAAAAAAUAAUAAAUAAAAACAAAAUAACAAUCAACAUAUAAAUAAAUUCAGUGGGCAUUAUUUAAGCUACCUUUUUAUGUGACAUGAUAAGAAUAUAUAUUAAUUAAAGAUUUUCUACCCCUAUAAGUAGUAGCAAAGCUCAUCAAAUUAAUCUCACAUACUUUUAGCAUUUCUCAUAAAAUAUAAAUCACAUUAUAAACACACAACAAAUAUUUAUUAUUAACUAUAAUCUUAUGAACUAUCUUAUGGGAUCUAAUUCAAUGCCUUGCUUCAUUUUCACUACUUUUCUUUGUCAUCUCACAUAUUUCAUAUUAUUUCUAAUGUUGUUAUGUUUAACUUCCUCGCAGCCUAUUUGCCAUGAUGAUGAAAGGUUUUCGCUUUUACAGUUUAAAGAAAGCUUUGUUAUGGACAAGUCUGCUUCUGGUGAUUCGGGUGCUUAUUCGAAGAUUGCCUUGUGGAGCAAGAAAGAAGAUUGUUGCAUGUGGGAUGGUGUUGAGUGUGAUGAGAUUACAGACCCUGAUUUCGAAUCUAACAAAGCUCGAGGAACUUUGUCUUAGCCAUGUUGUGAUAUCAUCAACAAUUCCAAAAUCAUUGGCAAAUUUUUCUUCCUUAACAACUCUACUCCUAAGAGAAUGUGACUUGAAAGGUGAGUUCCCAGCCAACAUUUUUCAACUGCCAAAUUUGCAAUUUCUUAGUGUGAAGUUGAAUGAUUAUCUCAGUGGAAAUUUACCUUCAGUACUUUCCUCUUCUUUGAUUGGGUUAGAUGUUUGUGCUUGUAACUUUUCAGGAAAAAUUCCAACUUCAAUGGAAAAGUUGAACCAACUCACUUUUCUAGACCUUUCUCAGAAUAAAUUUAUAGGAAAAAUCCCUUCUUUUUUUGGAAACCUAACUCAACUCACUGAAUUAAGUCUAAACUCUAAUCAAUUUAGUGGUCAAGUUCCUUUGUCAUUGUCCAAACUCAUAAAUUUACAAACCCUUUUUUUGGAUGAUAAUAAUUUGAGUGGUAUUGUGAAUUUUGAAAUGUUUAUUGGCCUUAAAAACCUCACUGCCUUUGGUUUAUCUCAUAACAAACUCACACUAAUGUUUGUUAAUUCUGGGAAAAAUGAAACAUUUCCUCAAUUCACAACACUUGAAUUGUCCCAUUGUAAUCUAAGAAAAUUUCCUGAUUUUCUUAGGUAUCAAAACCAAAUUGUGGAGUUGAAGCUUACUGGUAACCAUAUUAGUGGUCAAAUACCGGAUUGGAUGUUGAGCAUAAGUAGAGACACUUUGUCCAUAUUGUACCUUUCCGAAAACUCUUUGAUGGGGGAGGUUCCACCAACAAUAUGCAAUCUUAGUUCUCUUCAAAUUCUAGAUUUUUCUGAUAAUAAGUUAGGUGGUAAGCUUCCUCCUUGUUUCGGUGAGUUUAGUAAGUCAUUAUCGAUAUUAAGUCUUCGAAACAACACUUUCUCAGGCGAUAUUCCUGAGUUUAGAGAAGGAAUCGAAUUGAGAUCCAUCGAUUUGGGUUACAAUAUGUUUGAAGGGAAAUUAUCAAAAUCACUUACAAAUUGUAGCAUGCUUGGUUACUUGAACAUGGAAAGUAAUAAGCUCAAUGAUGUUUUCCCUUAUUGGUUAGGGUUUCUUCAAGAGUUGGAAGUUCUUGAGUUGCAAAAUAAUGAAUUGCAUGGAGUUAUUGGUGAUCCUUAUAGAAGUAGCCUCCAUUUCCCAAAAUUAAGAAUAAUCAAUCUUUCUUACAAUAAUUUUAUUGGGAAAUUGCCUUUGAAAUACAUCCAAAGUUGGAAGGCCAUGAGAAGUACAAACAUUGAAGAUUUUUAUUACUUAAGGUCAAUACCUUUCAAAAUAAAAUCAUCAAAUGGUGCUACUUUGAAUGUGCUUUAUUUUUACCACAUUACAAUACCAAUCAAAGGCAAGUCUAUCUACUAUAAGGAGAUCCAAAAUAUUAUUGCAGUCAUAAACUUUUCCAAUAACAAAUUUGAUGGAGAAAUUCCUAAAAUCAUUGGAAACUUGAAAGGGCUCUAUUCUCUUGAUUUAUCAAACAAUCGUCUCAAAGGUGGCAUACCUUCAUCGCUAAGGAAUCUAAGAAAGCUUGAAUCCUUAGACCUUUCUCAAAAUGAGAUUUCAGGACACAUCCCAAGUGAAUUGGAUCAACUCUCUUUCCUUCAAUACUUUAAUGUUUCUCACAACAACCUCUCAGGACCUAUACCACAAUCCCAUCUCAACACAUUUGAUAACAGUUGUUACAAAGGCAACUUGGGAUUAUGUGGUAUUCCAUUGCAAAACUCAUGUGGACAAUCGAAGCCGUUGGAACUACCAUCAUCUGAUGAAGAAGAAGAAGAAGAUUCAAGCUCAAUUUUUCAAUUUGGUUGGAAAGUCGUGGCAGUAGGAUAUGGAUGUGGAUUCUUAAUUGGAUUUUUCAUCGAAAGAAUUGUUUCUGCAAGAAAGCAAAACUGGUUAGCGAUGACUUUUGGAAUAAGAAGAUGAAGAAAAAGAAAACGAGAGCCCAAACUAAUAAAGGAUGUCAUGAAUAGUGAGCACUAGAGAGAUUGAUUCUCAAUUCUCUAUUUUUACUUAAUUAGAUCUUGUUGUGUUAUAUAGUAGUAGUUCAUGUUUUUUCACACAAUAAUAGUCUUUUCUGUUUAAUCCGUAUUAAUGUUUUGUUAAAUAUGUAAUAAUGUGUUCAUUUCGUUCCUUUUUAAUUUUGUAGUUUCGAAC